AUGUCUAAGCCCUCCACAAUAUCUCAUUUCUCCCUGCCUCUUCACCUAUGGCAGCAACCAUUAAGCUAUCGCACUAUAAAAUACGACCCACCCCGACGCGCAAAACACCUCGCCCCAGAAGACACCGACGAAACAGCAUCCGACAGCAAUAGCGACAACGACGACGACGAGACCGCGCCAACCUCCAACCGCGCCUCCCGAGCCACCAGCACCGCCGCAAAAUCCGAACGCGCUUCCUCCACCCGCUCCUCCUCCGUCCUUCUCACCCCCUCGGAAGCCCACCAGUACCGCAUCGCCGGCCAGCCCGCCAACACUGAACUCCCCGGCGGAAACUUCCCACACUCACGCCAGCCUUCGCCACACGCCGAUCCCAAGCGAGUCACCAAGAAACGCAUCGAGAACGAUCUCGCGCAGCUCAAUCCGCCCGUGUUCGUGCACGGCUCGGCGCGGAAUAGUCUGCGCCUGAGGCAUCUGGGCGUGAUCACGGCGAUUCUGCAUCGAUGUCUGCUUGAGGGGGAUUAUGUGCGGGCGGGAAGGGCGUGGGGGUUGAUCUUGAGGGAUGAGUGGGGGGGCAAGCCGAUUGAUGUGAGGACGGAGGGGAGGUGGGGGAUUGGAGCGGAGAUUUUGCUGUGGAGGGAUAGGCAACAGAUGAAGGGGCCUUCUCCUUCUACUUCUUCUUCUGGGGGUGUGAGUUAUAAGAGGGAGUGGUUUUCGAGGAGGGGGUUUGAGCGGGCGAAGCAGUAUUAUGAGAUGUUGAUUCUGCACUAUCCGUAUCGGAAACAUGCGCCAAAGGCGUUGGGGCCGUUGGAUUUUUACCCGGCGAUGUUUGGGCUUUGGAUAUCCAUUGUUCAAGAGGAGAGUCGGGCUGCGAGGGAGGCUUCCCUCGAUGAAGAGGAAAGAGAGGAUAGGUAUGAUUACGGUUACGAUCCGGACGAGAGAAUGUCGAUUUCCAGCGACGACGAAAGCAAGCGCCGAGCUAAGCUUGUCGCCGAAGCUCGCGCCAAAGAACUCGAAGAAGCGCAACGGAUUGCGUCUCAAAUGGACGAUCUGCUCGUCUCGUUUCCGUUUUCGGAUAGCUAUGUCUUGCUGAAACUACGAGGGAUGGUGUCGCUCUGGAUCGGGGAUUUGUGCGUUUUGUCAGUCUCGCCUGAUGAAGCGCAGGAGCAGGGGCUACUGGGUCGCGAUGAAGAUGGAGAUAUAACCAUGAUGUCCUACGAUGACCAUGUUGAUUCCAUAUUGGCGAUGAUGGAAGAGGGCUUGGGGAAUGAGCGGAAGAUGGCGGAGGUGGAUAAGGCAAAGGAGUUUUUCCAGAAAGCAAAGGCUAGGAAGGCUGGCCCGCUGAGUGCGACGGAUGAAGCGGCUCUCUUAUGGGCCGCCAUGAAGCUGAGCGAUUACGUCCAUGGAAGCAUACCCCAAAACAACGACCGGCCGGUCUCCCAAGGCACCAGCAAAGGUGGCAUCUCGUCCUCGAGAUUGCGCGCUGCUGAGCUGGCUAGGAUCCAUGUUCCUGCCACCAGGCUAAAUGGGUUCAGCGCCUCUUCAGCACCCAACGUGCAUGCAAAGCAGCAGUCCCACAGCUCGCAGGUGGCGGGGGACCAUCGCUUUAGAGUGGCGAGCCCCGUCCGCUCAGAGCAUCGCGAUAUGUUCGAUACGGACGUUGAAGGGUUUGAUGAUAGUACCACUGUCAUAAGCUCACUCAGAGACGACAGUGUCAUUGCGGUGCCACCGGUGCAACAAGAGCGUUUGGCGUCUCCCAGGAGGGGAAGAGAUAAUGGGAACAUGCAUCAACAUGACGAUGUAUCAAUGAACGCGUUGCGCGGGGCGUUUGAUCAGCGCAAUUACACUUCUAUUGCCGAGAGGAUGAGAGAGCUUGAUUCUGAGCCCGACGAGCAAGUUCAGGACGCUUCGCACGAGCAGGAGCAGGAGCAAUAUCACAAUGACUUUGAGGAUUUUGACGGUGACCGAGAUAUUGAGCAAGGUAUGGGAUUCGAGGGAGAACCUACGAUUAAGCUAGGCUGGGAUAGUAACCAGGCCACCCACCACGGUGCAAUGAGCUGGCAAGAGAUUGAGGCUGCGCUUCGAGAGCACAAUUCUCAGUCUAUGAGCAAUGAAUCGGGCCCUGGGCAAUCUGCAGGGUAUGAUCCGGCAGGCCAACUUCAAAGCGAGCUGUACAGCCGUGCCGUAAACGAGCCAGAGCAAGUUGAUUAUAUGAAUGCGACCAACGCUACUCCCCGUGCGACUCAAAAGCUGGUUGCUGGUAGUCGAUUUACCCCUAAAUCUCGUUUUUCGUCCCCCAAGCCUCCAAAGCCACCAACGCCGUUUUCAGUCUCACGAAUUCCACGUCCUAUUUCCGCACAAGACAUGGCUCCAGACCAAGCUCUAUCCCCACUAAACCCCGGAUACCACAGGGGCCAGCUUCCACCUAGCCCUUCCCAAACGGACACCAACAACGACCAAUAUCACAGCAAUCAAGGCGGCAUGUUUGACACUACCGACCUGAGUGCCAUAGAUACUUCCGAGGGAAGCAUUACAGAGCCCAACAUCCCUGUCACCGCCACUUCUCCUCAACUUUCCACACUCUCUCCCGUAUCGUCAAAACGGCCCUUUACCGCAUUCACUUCUGACUAUCACCCGAACAUCCUCAAAUCCAAAUCCUUCUCCGACCUCCAUACCGAACCAUUUGACUACAAUCCAGCUCCGCCACCGCCCGUCUUUGCACCUCAGGGUCCAGAUCUUCCACUCGCAGAAAAGCUAGACCGCCUCAAAUCUCUUACAGAUGAUCAACGACGGUCGUUCUUCUCGUCUCUGACGAUGGCGGAAUGGGAAGAAAGUGGUGACUGGCUGAUCGAGCAAUUUGGUGUUAUUUUACAAAAGACAAAAGACGCAAGGCGGGAGAGAAGGCAGGUUGCCGCUGUGUUUGAAAAAGAGAUCAAACGUCGCUAUGAGCUUGUCGAGGGUGAAGUGAAGGAUAUCCGGGAGCGGAUGGAUGAGAUGAGAGCCAGUGGGAUAGAGUUGCCAGUCAUUCUUCACUUCCCCUUCACUCCUCCGAUCCCUCGACCGAUCCCUCGACCGCCUCCUCCCGGCCAUGUUGUUCCGUCGGCCCCCCGGAGGAACUCUGAGCUGGAUCUUGACCUGAGGCACCAUCUGCGCCGACAAGAACGGCGCUGUUUAUCGAAAGUCCCCGCGGGAAGUAUGCCACGGGGCGUCCAGAGCCCGCAAGGAAUCCAUGAUACGGCACCUAUCAACGCACCGAAUCAAGUCAGCGCCCGUUUUGCAUUUUCGCAAAGUAUCGUCCUCGGACUUUGGAGUGGCUCUGCGGAGGUAGCUUUUGUAAAAGAUAAUCAGUGGCAGUCAGCUGUCAUUGUCAUGGAAUUCGGAUUAUACCGUGUUGUAUAUUCUCCGUUGACUCUUCGUCUGGCGAUGGGCCCCUGCGAUAUGUCCUCGACAACUCUGGAAAAUCGGCUCUUUGGUGUCGUUGAAUUUUCCCUGUUCUUCUGCUCGUCUCCAGCAGCAGAAUGGACCAAAGAAAAAGGACCUCGAUCAGGGGCAUCUGUGAACAUAGCAAUUGGCUGCGAACAGGUCGUUUCGGUGAUUAGGAAUUGA